AUGGCCCCCCCCUCCCCCUUGCGCCCCCCUCCCCCAUGCGCCCCCCUCCCCCACGCGCCCCCCUCCCCCAUGCGCCCCCCUCCCCCAUGCCCCCCCCUCCCCCAUGCCCCCCCCUGCCCUCCACAACCACACUUCACGGGUGAGCCUGAGGGACAUCAUUCGCAGGAAGGGCGCUCUGCCUGCCCCAUUCGCCCCCUCCCCCAUUCGCCCCCUCCCCCAUUCGCCCCCUCUCCCAUCCGCCCUCUCUCCCAUCCGCCCCCUCCCCUAUCCGGCCCCUCCCCUAUCCGUCCUCUCCCCCAUCUGCCCCCUCCCCCAUCCGCCCCCUCCCCCAUCCGCCGCCUCCCCCAUCCGCCCCCUCCCUCAUCCGCCCCCUCUCCCAUCCCCCUCCCCCCUUCACAGGUGAAUCUGAGGGAUGUCAUUCGCAGGAAGGGCGCUCUGCCGGCCCCCGAAGCAAUGCCCCCGGCCCCCCUCAUGCGUCCCCCCCCCCCAUGCGCCCAUCCCCCUGACCUCUCACAGGUGAAUCUGAGGGACGUCAUUCGCACGAAGGGCGCUCUGCCUGCCCCCGAAGCACUGCGCUACACCCUUGAUGUUGCCAGGUCGGUUGACUCGAAUGCACUGAGCUAUGUUGUUGACUUUCUGCCGCCUCCCAUGCAGUCUGAUGCUUUCCCUUCUCUCUCCACCACACCCCAUCCAUGCAAACCCCUGCCCAGUGCCAACUUUUUUUUAGUCGACUCAAAAUUCACCUCAUCACACCCCAUCCAUGCAACCCCCUGCCCAAUCAUUUUUUCCCUCCCUGUUCAUUCACCCUCCCUUCCUCUGCACUCCUCUCCUUCCCUCUCAUCUCUCCUCUCCGCUCCUCCCCUCUCCUCCCCUCCCAUUUCCCCCAUCCCCCCCAUCUCCCCCAUCUCCCCCCGUCUCCCCCAUCCCACCCAUCUCCCCCACCCCCCCCAUCUCCCCCUUCCCCCCCAUCUCCCCCUUCCCCCCCAUCUCCCCCAUCCGCCCGCACCCCUCAUGGGCAUGUGCUAUCUGCACGCGCACCGGCCAGACCCCGUCAUUCACCGCGACCUGACCCCCAGGUAUUCUAUGGGGGGAAGUGAGUGGGGAAAGGAUGGGGGGAAGUGA